AUGGAUAUCUAUUUUACAUAUGGGUUGCUGUUUGCAUAUUUUGCUUUGCCUGGAAUCUUACUUGGGGAUUUAGCAUUUCGAUGCCCAAGCUGCACUGCGGCACAUUUAGCCGCGUGCCCCCAAGUCACAGCAGUAUGUUCAGAAAUCGUGAGGGAGCCAGGCUGUGGAUGCUGUCCGGUGUGUGCCAGGCUCGAAGGAGAGCUCUGUGGGGUCUACACACCAAGGUGCUCCAGUGGCCUAAGGUGCUACCCCAGUUCAGAUGCUGAAUUUCCUUUGAGACAGCUCAUUCAAGGUUUAGGUCGAUGCAGACAAAAUGUAGACUUGGAUAUGAUGACAAGUCCUGACCACCAGCCAACAAAUGAGGUGCAUGGCACUGAGAAUCCACUCACCAAGAGACCUCCCAUAGAUGCUCGAUUUUGGCAGGAGUUGGCCAAGAGGCAGUACCUGAAUGAGCAGAAAACCAAGAUGAAGACAAAUCAACUCGAGGACGCUCAGAUACAAACAGUUCCUCAGACUUGAUGUCAAAGUGCAGAUCAAGUCUUAGAGGAGAUCUACAAAAUAACCUCUGAGGACAGCAGAGGUCCACUGGAGAACCUGUACAGGCUCAAAUUUCCAAACUGCGACAGACAUGGAUUGUACAACCUCAAACAGUGCAACGUGUCCUCCCAUGGCCAGCGGGGUGAGUGCUGGUGUGUUGACCCCUUAACUGGGAUCCAGAAACCAGAGACGCCUAAAGUCAGAGGGGAUCCCAACUGUGACCAGUUUCAGGAGGAGCACAGAGAGAUGCCGACUGUGGCAACGUAUUACUAG